UGACAGGCAGCCAUUCCAAAGGCGCGCGCGCUCAUUACACAACAUCACAGCAACCGCCGUCAGAGGGUCCCCUCGUGCGCUAUUAAAGGGUCUCCUCCGUCCAAACAGAGCCAGAAACCAUGUCGUACUCCACGUUCGUCGCAUCCCUCGCGCGGGCAAACUCAAGAAACUUGAGGAACUUCGCCGUUCCACCUGCAAGAUGUCGGUCGACGGUCGCAUCCCCGAAGCGACAGGAAGAGAAGGAGCAGAUGGAGGAGUGCACCGUGGUGGAAGCUCAGCCAUUAGAGUUGAUCAGCCAGACGAAAAAUGUGCCAAACACGCAGGAGAAGAGCAUUCACAUCGACUUUGAUAACACACAGGAAGCCUACAAAAGCAAGAGGAACAUCGAGCUGCUCCGGAGCCUGCUGGUCUUCAAGCUGUGCACGUUUGAUGUUCUCGUUGAGAGAAACAAGGAGCUGAUGGAGCUGAGCAAGAAGCUGCUGGGUCAGCGCAUGUUCGAGAAGCUCAUGAAGAUGACCUUCUACGGGCAGUUUGUGGCCGGGGAGGACCACAACGCCAUCAAACCCCUGAUCCAGAAGAACCAGGCGUUUGGGGUGGGGGCCGUGCUGGACUACAGCGUGGAGGAGGACCUGACCCAGGAGGAGGCCGAGAAAAAGGAAAUGGAUUCCUGUGUUUCUGAAGCAGAAAAAGAAAGCCCAGGUGCUGAUCAUCGUGAGAAGAAGUACAAAGCUCACCGUCAGUUUGGAGACAGGCGAGGCGGCGUUAUCAGCGCUCGAACCUACUUUUAUGCAGAUGAAGCAAAAUGUGACAAGCAGAUGGAGACCUUCAUUAACUGCAUUAAAGCUUCCAGUGGUGCCUCCAACGACGGGUUUUCUGCCAUCAAGCUGACAGCUCUCGGGCGUCCACAAUUCCUUCUCCAGUUUUCGGAGGUUUUGGUUAAAUGGAGGCAAUUCUUUAACUACCUCGCAGCACAGCAGGGAAAGUCGGACAUGUGUGUAUUGGAGCAAAAGCUGGAACUGGAGCAGCUGAAGGAUAAUUUGGCUCAACUUGGUGUUGGAGACAAAGACGACAUUGAAAACUGGUUUACGGGGGAGAAGCUGGGCCUGUCGGGAACUAUCGAUCUGCUGGACUGGAACAGUUUGAUAAAUGAUACAACAAAAAUCUCCAACCUUCUCAUGAUUCCAAAUCUUGAGACAGGCCACCUGGAACCUUUGCUGAACAAGUUCACAACCGAGGAGGAGAGUCAGAUGAAGAGGAUGCUGCAGAGAGUAGAUGUUCUGGCCAAACAUGCUGUGGCGAACGGAGUGCGGCUAAUGGUGGAUGCCGAGCAGACGUACUUCCAGCCGGCCAUCAGCCGACUGACGCUGGAGAUGCAGCGGAAAUUCAACCGAGAAAAGCCGGUGAUUUUCAACACCUACCAGUGCUACUUAAAGGAAGCCUACGACAACGUGACUCUGGACGUGGAGCUUUCCCGGAGGGAAGGCUGGUAUUUCGGUGCAAAACUGGUCCGUGGAGCUUACAUGUACCAAGAGCGAGCCAGGGCGCAGGAAAUUGGCUAUGAAGAUCCAAUAAACCCCGACUAUGAAGCCACUAACAGGAUGUAUCAUAAGUGUUUGGAUUACGUGCUGGAAGAGAUCGAGCACAGCAGGAAGGCGAACGUCAUGGUGGCGACGCACAAUGAGGACACAGUGAAGUUCACUCUGGAAAAGAUGAAUGAAAUGGGCCUCUCCCCCACCGAGAAUAAAGUUUACUUUGGACAGCUGCUCGGGAUGUGUGACCAGAUCAGCUUCCCGCUAGGUCAGGCGGGUUUCCCUGUUUACAAAUACGUUCCAUACGGCCCCGUCAACGAGGUGAUACCGUACCUGUCCCGCCGCGCUCAGGAGAACCGCGGCUUCAUGAAGGGAUCGCAGCGAGAGCGCAGCCUGCUCUGGAAGGAGCUGAAGCGCAGGCUGCUCUCCGGGCAGGUCUUCUACACGCCCGUUUACUGAUGGAUGAGCCGGGACGUACCCACAAUCUGCAUUCCACCGUGUAGCGUGUAGCAUUGGCUGCUGUUUGUACAGGAAGGCCGCUGUUUAGGAGGAAACUUGAAAGAGACUAGAAAGCAAAACACUCUUGUUACAGUGAAAUAUUUCAAUAGGGUGGCUUAAUUUGUUCAUUUUAAUUAGAGCCAAUAAUGCAAAAAAGCUUUUAGUUAACAUGACAGACUUUUAAUCUCUGCAGGUUCUCACUCUGGAGGGUAGUGAAAGUGAAAAUGUGUUUUGCAAGUUUCCAAAAAGUGCUUUAUGAGUUUAAAUAUGCAGAGUUAGCUGAUCCCUGAAGUGCCUUCUUGAUAUUUAACUCUUUUUGCAGAAACACAGGUUGGGAGUUUACUUUAUUUUGUAUUUUUUGUGCAUAAACAGCACUCCUAGGUCCUUGUACAUUUUAAUAGAAAUUUGUAGUAUUAGUUUAGGAUUGACUCAUUUUGAAUGCAUCUUUUAAAUGAUGUUUGUUUUAAAUUGUGAAGUAUUUCUUUUAGUUUGACUUAUUUCUUUUUAAGAAUGAUCAUUUCCAAUAAAUGUGUACAUUUGAAAUA